CGUGUCGCUGUUUGGCGCUUUUGUGCGCGCUCGGGUCUGUUGGUGCUGAGUGUGGCCAGGCGGCUCGGACCGAGCAGGGCUUUCCAUACCAGUGGAUUGUGUAAAAUACACUGCCAGUCUCUUGUCUUCUGUUCACCAUGGCUUCUUCUGAUAUCCAGGUGAAAGAACUGGAGAAGCGUGCCUCAGGCCAGGCCUUUGAGCUGAUACUCAGCCCUCGGUCAAAAGAAUCCGUCCCAGAAUUUCCCCUUUCCCCGCCAAAGAAGAAGGAUCUUUCCCUGGAGGAAAUUCAGAAGAAGUUAGAAGCUGCAGAAGAAAGACGCAAGUCCCAUGAAGCCGAGGUCUUGAAGCAGCUUGCUGAGAAACGAGAGCAUGAGAAAGAAGUGCUUCAGAAAGCAAUAGAAGAGAACAACAACUUCAGUAAAAUGGCGGAAGAGAAAUUGACUCACAAAAUGGAAGCCAACAAAGAGAACCGAGAGGCACAAAUGGCUGCCAAACUGGAGCGUUUGCGAGAAAAGGACAAGCACAUUGAAGAAGUGCGGAAGAACAAAGAAUCCAAAGAUCCUGCUGAUGAGACAGAAGCUGACUAAUUUGUUCUGAGAACUGACUUUCUCCCCCUCCCCUUCCUAAAUAUCCAAAGACUGUACUGGCCAGUGUCAUUUUUUUUUCCCCUCCUGACAAAUAUUCUAGAAGCUGAUGUAGGACUAUAUAAGUAGAUCCAGACUGUAUGAUGUUGUUUUAGGGGAUAAAGGGGAGAAACUAAAAGUGUUUUACUCUUUUUCUAAAGUGUUGAGGUCUUUCUAAUGUAGCUAUUUUUCUUGUUGCAUCUUUUCUACUUCAGUACACUUGGUGUACUGGGUUAAUGGCUAGUACUGUAUUGGCUCUGUGAAAAUAUGUUUGUGAAAAGAGUAUGUAGUGGCUUCUUUCAAACUAUUAGAUGCUGAAUAUCUGUUCACUUUUAAAUCCCAAUUCUGUCCCCAUUUUACCAGAUGCUACUGUACUUGAAUGGUUAAUAAAACUGCACAGUGCUGUU